CGGAGCGUCGGACGUCCUGCAGAAACUGUCCUGUCCUCUCUCCCAGAAAACAACACAGAACUUAAUAAGUUAGCAAGCAGUGGCGUGGGCACUUUGCACAACCGUUCAUCUCUUCGAAAAUCAUUUAAAACAAACGCGUAAGACCUGCGAUCACUGCACCAGAGAGAACGACGCUGAGGUGGACCACCUGAUCCAGGGAGUGGGAUUUAUUUUCCUUCUGCAUUCCUGAUGGAGUCAUACAGAGUUACAGGCAUUCCUAACAGUGGACCACAGCGGGGCCACACUCAGCCGUCCCGCCCCUCCAGGCCACAGAGCAAUGGAGCUGGUACAUACGGUCUCAGCAUCCGUGUCCAGGGUAUAGAUGGACACCCAUAUGUAGUUCUCAACAACCAGGACAGGGGUUCUCAAUCCCUUAUGGACCCGAACAGUAAUGGGUACAUCGACACAGAGGGCUCUUUUAUUGAGAACUACCAGGAGUAUGAUUUCAGGGGAGGAAAGGAGGCUGGAUCCGACAGCCCCUUUAUGGAGUACAGGUCUCAGAAGAUAACCCAUUACACUGGUCCUCAAAAUGGCAUCGCAGAUUCACAGGGAAAGAAACACUCCUCUCUUCUGAACUUUCAGAAGCACCCUGAGAUACUGCAGCCGUAUGAUCCAGAGAACAACUCCCUGACCCUUGAUGCUUUCCACAGCCUGCCUUCAAGGCCUCUUCCUCUGGAUGAGACUGAGAACCAACACCAGAGUUCCUCCUCCAAAUCUUCUGUACCUGCGCUGUCCAAUGCCAUGUCAUCAAGCCUGGACAGGAGCAAAGCUCCUGCGCAGCAAGAGAAAAGGCAACUUCCAUCCCAGAGCCUGAGUGAGACAGCCCUUUUUAAGCCGAAGUCACAGCCCCAGUCUUUGCCUCCUACCCAGCUGGCUCAGUCUCAGACCAGACCACAAUCACAAGUAGCUCAGCCGCAGUCCAAACCUCAUCUUGCCAACCUGAAUCCACCUCAGUCCAAGCCAGGCUCUAAAACGCAGCAGCAACCAGUGCUUCCAGCCGAGCCUCAGCCCUCCACCGUGUCACGUCGAACAAGUGAGCAGAGCAAGACAUCAUCUCGAUCCCCCACUUCGAUGAGCAGCACCAACUCCAGCCUCGAGCGCACCCACCGAGAGCCUGAUGUCCUUCCUCUACGCAGGACUGACUCCAGCGGUCCAGUCCUUCAGUCCUCAUCCCGUUCCCGCCACUCCUCCUCAUCUUCCACCUCUAAAGCUCUGGUGGAGGAACAGAUAGACCCCCUAUACGCAGACACCAUCAAUCGCCACGAGAACCGCCGCUACAUCCCUUUCCUUCCAGGUUCAGGCAGAGACAUUGACACAGGCUCCAUUCCUGGUGUUGAUGAACUCAUUGAGAAGUUUGACGGCAAAGAUGGCAGCCACCACCGCAGGGGCCGGGCGGGCCGCAGGAACAGGAUCAAUCCAGACGACAGGAAGCGCUCACGCAGUGUGGAUAGCGCCUUCGGCCUAAGAGAUGGCUCUAGCUGCGUGGACGGAUUUAGCCGCCAGCGAGGCACAUCAAUGGAGCAUGUCCUGCGGCCCUCACAGCUACGGCUGCAGAAAACAAGCGGCAGUCAGGACUCUUGGCUCACGGCUGUAGAUGGUAAGGGUGACUCAAGGGCUUCAUCUUGUGUGGCCAGUGCGCCUGGCUCCCCUCAGAGCACCACCUCUAAAGGUGUAAGCGCCAUACAGGGUUACAGCAAGCCACAAACUCGCACCUCUUCACUACCAUUCAAAAGCGUGGACAGCGCCUUCUCAGCUGGAAAGGUGUCGUCAACAUCUCCAUCCAAGCCUUCUUCCACCGCCGACAAAAAGCCCAAUACAGAGGCAGAUGCUCAGGCGACACCUGAUCUUUUGAAAGGUCAACAGGAGCUUUCACAACAAACACACGAAGAGACAGCAAAACAAAUUUUGUUCAAUUACCUGAAGGAUGGAAGCACCGAUAAUGAUGAUACGACAAAGAGAAAGGUCAACCUUGUCUUUGAGAAGAUACAGACGUUGAAGUCUCGGGCCACGGCGAGCGCACAAAUCGAUAACAAGUCUCUGGACUUUGGUGCACAGACCAAAGCUCUGCAGGAGCAGAAUGAGGAACUGGGAAAAGAAAUGGCCGAACUGAAGAGACAACUUGAGGACCAAACCACGAGGAAUCAGGCUGACAAGAGGACAGUAGCAGGUUUGAAGAAGCUGCAGCAGGAGCUGGAGCGGAGUGUAGAGGAGUGCAAGCGUCUGAAGGAGAAGCUAGCCAAAACAGAGUUCGAGCUCCAGGCCACAGUGGAAGAGCUGUUCCAGGUGAAGAUGGAGAGGGAGCAACACCAGACAGAGAUCAGAGACCUGCAGGACCAGCUGUCAGAGAUGCAUGACGAGCUCGACUCAGCCAAGAAGUCAGCCGCCGAUGAAGAGAGAGACAUCAUUAUGGUGGACAUGAUGCAACUGAAGGUGGAGAUGCAGGAAGUUCUCCUAGCCAAGGAGGAGCAGGAGGAGGUGCUGAGGAGGAGAGAGAGGGAGCUCACUGCUCUGAAAGGAGCCUUGAAGGAGGAAGUGGCCGCUCAUGAUCAGGAGGUGGACAAGAUGAGGGAUCAGUAUGAGAAGGAAAUAAGCAGGCUGCAGACAUCUUUGGUGGAGGCCAAGCAGAGCAGUGCAGCAGUGGCCCGUGAGAAGGCUGAAGUGGAGGCAGCCAAGGGUGCAGUGGAGGGCCAAGCAGGACGCCUGACCCAAGAGGCCGAUCGGCUGCGCAGGCGUGCACAGGAGCUGGAAAAUGAGGUGGCCAAACUCAACCGCAUCAUCGAUGAGGCCAAGCUACAGGAGAGCAAGCAGGGCGACAGAGCUGGCCGACUGGAGAGAGAGAAAAAGCAAUUGGAAGAAUCUUUGGAUGAAAUUAAGGAGCAAGAAGAGGAGAUGUCGCGUGCCAAUCGAGCGUUGACCGUUCGGUUGGAGGAUGUGCAGAGGAACUUUUCCAAAGUGAGCACUGAACACAAGAACUUGGAGGAGAGGUUACAAGAAGAGAGGACUCAGAAGGAACAGUUCAAGCACAUGAAGAACAACAUGGAGGAUGAGAGGAUGCUGCUGGACCGCACAGUGGAGAAACUUCAGAGGGAGAUGAAUGAUAUUGUGGUGGCGUCCCAGUCGUCCACUCUGGAGCUCCAGGAACAGAUUGAUAUUUAUAAAGAGAACAACCGUCGGGAGCUGACUGAUCUGCAGAUGCUUCUGAAGGAGCGAGGACAGGAGUUGGACAAGUGCCUACUGACUACCAAAACCCUGCAAGAAGAGUUGUCACUCCGGGAGGAGGACCUGCGGCAGUGUCAGAGAGAACGAGACGAGGCCGUGCUCAGGGAGACGACUCUGGAGAAAAUGGUUCAUGAUCUGGAGCUGGAGGCCGACAAAAAGGCCCAAGCUAAAGACGAAAAAGCUCGACACGUCAAACUCUUAGAGGACAGGGUCGCUCAGCUGGAGUUGGACCUGGAUGAGGAGCGUCAGACUGGAGACCAGCUGAUGAACAGGAUAGACCGAGGAAGAGAGCAGGUGGAGCAGAUGAGGAAUGAACUCCUGCAGGAGAGGGCUAGCAGACAGGACCUGGAGUGUGACAAGAUGGCUCUGGAGAAACAGACCAAAGACCUGAAGAGUAGAGUGGUUAAUUUAGAGAGCUCCCACAAGUCCAACAAAGAGGGCCAGCUUUCCCAGCUGGAGGACCACAUACAGGAUUUGGAGGCGAGGCUGGAGGGGGAGGAAAGGGAGCGUGCCAACCUGCAGCUGGUGAACCGCAGACUAGAGAGGAAGGUAAAAGAAAUGAUGAUGCAAGGUGAAGAAGAAAACAACUCAAUGCAAGAUCAAAAGGAUCAAUUGAAUCUGCGUCUAAAGGCCUUAAAAAGGCAGAUGGAUGAGGCUGAAGAAGAGAUCGACCGACUGGAUCACAGCAAGAAAAAGCUGCAGAGAGACCUGGACGAGCAACAGGAGGCCAACGAGCAGCUCCAGAGCCAACUCAAAGCUCUGCGAAGUGAGAUCAGGCGUAAGAGCACAUCUGCUCCGCUGCUCAACACUCUGGACGACGACGACGACGACGACGACGACGAUGACAUCAGCACUGACGGGGAGACGUACUUCAGCUCAUCACUGGGGUACAAGCGCUCCUCGAGUCAGGACAACAUCUUGUCCACCUUCACUUUGUAAACAAACCCUGAGGUGGAGGAUAAUGCUGCUUUAUAUGCGUCACUGUUGGUCUUAACAGCUGGAGAUUCGUGCCAUGUGCUCUUUGAAUAACUGUAGAUAUUACACCGAAACAUCUGUGUGAUUAAUUAUGUAUACAAUCUCAAUGUCCAUAAAUUCCCUCAGUAUUAUUUGAGCAGCUUUGAGAUUAAUGUAUGAAAUCGUAAAAGUUUGAUGUUUUAGAUUGUCCCGUAGAUUUUAAAUGUAUAUACUGUUUAAUGUGGUAUUUUUACAUUCCCAAAUGAAGUCUUAUGUAAAUUUGCCAGUUUUAUUCUGAGUGGAUUUUUCUUUGUAAUGCACUGUAAAGCAACGCAACCAGUACUGCCUUUGUGAACAAUAUGAGGUUAUUAACCCUCAGUUUUUAUGCCUAUCAAAUAUGUUAAAUUUACCUACAUUAUAUGGAUAUUCAUUUUUAUAUCAUUCAGUCAAAUUAAAUAUAUUUACCUUUUUAUUUUUUUUAAUGAAUUAAGAUCAAAUCCAAGUAUAUGAAGUGAUGAGUGCCAGGAUGAUUUUCUUAUUUAUUCACGGCUUAAUACACAAUAUCCUGGCUCAUUGAGGGUUUUAGGGAACAGUAAAUGAGGGACUUUGUACACAUCUGUUUUAUACAGUUUUAUAUGGUUUGAUACAAAUAAUAGAUCCACGAAAAUAUUAUCAGCAGGCAUUUCUUUUAAUUUUAUCGAACACAUUACUCCAAAUAUUAGUGAAAUCACAGUAUUGCUUUAAUUUCAUUUAACAUCAUGUGACCUAAAUUAACUUUCUCGAGUCUUUUCUAUGACUAUUGAUUCUGACUUCUAGCUGUUACAGCGCUGAACAAGCCACACAUGUCAAACAUUUAAUCUCUGAAGACAUUUUUAUACUGGAAACACUUUGAUUUACCUUCUAUCUUUGGUGGUUUCUCUCCUGAAUGGGGCAGUGUUGAUACUGAACAUGGCUUAACUUUUUGUUUAAACUCAUACAUGUGUGUUUGAAUUGUGCCACACUGCACAUAAAGGCUUGCAAUUCCUUGUACAUGUGCAGACCUCUAAUUUUCCUUGAAGUCAAUAAGGGAAUUUCUUCAGAUGAGAUAAACUGACAGUUGAUGUUUUGCUACACUGAUGAUUUGCACUCUCUGUUGGCUCUGUGCUGAAUACGCCCGAGUGUGACAACUGUGGAGUGGAUUGAGAGAAAUUGCUGCCACUACCUCUCUGUACACAUUUGUAUGUUCAUAAAUCCUGCUGAGACUAAAAUAAAGUUACUUCCAGUUACACUCA